CAAAAGAGAGUUGGUGUUCACAUCAUGGUUACUGAAAAAACCGAGGUCAGUAAUCAAUGAUCAUAUGACGAACAUUGCGAAUUUCUGAAAACUGUCCCCAUUUCCAACCCAGAGAUCACACCAACGACGACGGACAGAACUAAAGAACAAAAACUAUAUUCUGUCUCCACUUCAUUGUCAAAUGAAACAAUGAGUCAGUAUAAGAAACUAUUGGAAGAUAAUUUAAACUUUGAGGACGAUUUUGUGGCCCGGGAUCAUAACAUGUACACAAAAUCUAAACUCAGAAGGCGUUCUUCCAGCCUUAUUAAAGGAGUCUCUAGUAUUCUUGGUGGUCAUAGACGAUGUCAGUCUGAAUACAAUUUAGAGAAGGCUGUGAAUGGCGAAGUUCUGCAAAAUGCUUCCAGCGAAGAGAAUGUAACACCGGAAAAGAGAGUUAAAAGAAGUAAAUCACUUUCUUGUUCUAGUUCAAAAUCUAGGGUGAGAUCUAAGGUUUUCAAGGUCAAUUUAGGUGAAAGAUGGAUUGAGGUAUCGGACUUAAUUUUGAGCAAGAAUGACCAUGAAAUCAUCCGACUGGGUCUUUGUCUAAAUGAUCAGAUUAUUCAUUGCGCCCAACUCAUCUUAAAAAGUCAAUUCCCGAAAUUAAAUGGUUUUCAGGAUUUUAGAUCCCACGAAAUAGCCCAAUUUAAGCGUUACACAGAACCAGCUGUCCAGAUUCACCGCAUUAGAAGAUAUCACUGGGUUUUGUCAAUCGUUGAUAGUUAUUCAGAAGAUGUUUUGGUACUUGACAGUUGCGAUGAAGGUGGGGAUGUGCCAUCCAUUCUAAAAUCUCAACUUCACCAACUUUACGAUCUUGGAAGAACAAGACAACACGUCAGUCUACCAAGCGCCCAACAACUGACCACGGUCCAGGACAGUGGACUCCUUACUCUAGCGUUUUUGGUCGAAUAUUGUAUUAACAGAUAUCGUGGUGGCUGUUUCGUGAUGUUUAAAACAACGUUAAUGAGGACACAUCUAAUCCAAUGCCUUAAUGACCAUCACUUCACCCCAUUUCCGAAAGAGAAACCAAAACAUUUCAGACAAUUCUCUGAGUGAUGUAAUUUAAGAAGAUUUGAUAAUAAAUGUAUAUAUGUUAUAACCAAUAUUAUUAUUAAAUGUUUGUUAGAUUCUAA